UUAUCUCAGUAACAUAAUCGUUAGUGUCAGAUUAAAACAUUCUGUAGCAUUGAGUUACCAUUAACCUUCGGGUUGUGAGUUCAAGGCUGAUCAAAGUCAGUUAAAAUAAAAUAUCAGACAGAUACUGGAGUUUGAUAAAAAGAUUCCUAUAAAUCAGGCAUGUCAAACUCCCAGCCUGUGGGCCACUUCCAGCCUGGAUAUCGGUUGAAUAUCGCCUUUCUCCCAUUAAUUUCUUAUUCUUCGUGUUCCUAAGGCUCCAGCAGUCCAGUAAAGAAGUAUUAGGCAAAACACAGGGGGUGUACGACAGACACAAAGCCACUCAGCAGUUCUGGAAAGAAAACCUUAACCUCCAGCUAUGUCCAUGGACCAGCAGAUAUACCUUUUCUUGGUUCCACCAUUGGAGACAUGUUCCAAGAACAGACAGAAAACAACCCAGAUGAUGAAGCUUGUGUAUUUUACUCAAGUGGAAUAAGAAAAACAUUUGCUCAGUUCUUAAAAGAAUGUGAUCAACUAGCUGCUAGUUUCCUGGAUCUUGGAAUAAACAAAGGAGACAGAAUUGGUAUUUGGGGACCAAAUUCUUAUGAAUGGUUACUAGCCCAGUAUGCAGGUUUCAGAGCUGGAAUCAUUUCAGUAAACGUCAACCCAGCUUUUAGAAUGGCAGAAUUGGAGCACGUUGUAAAUACUGUCGGUAUGAAAGCUUUAGUGAUAGCUGGUCCAUUCCGUGACACAAACUAUUACAACAUUUUGCACCAUUUAAUACCAGACCUACCUACAUCAACUCCGGGAGAUAUCAAAUCUAAAAGGUUACCAUCUUUGAAAAUGAUAAUUUCAAUGGAAACCAAGAAAAUAGCUGGCACAUUUUCAUUUCAAGAAGUUCUGCAGGCAGGCACCACUAAAGGAGUCCAAUACAUAGGGAAUCUACAAAAGGAACUUCAGUUUGAUGAUCCGGUUAACAUUCAGUUCACUUCAGGAACAACUGGUAAACCUAAAGGGGCCACUCUGUCACACUUCAGUAUUCUCAACAAUAGUUACUAUGUAGGUUUUCGUUUAAGAUACAAUGAAGUGAAACACCGUGUGUGUGUGCCAGUUCCAUUGUACCAUUGUUUUGGUUCUGUUGUUGGUGCAUUAACAAUGAUUACUCACCGAACUUGCUGCAUCUUCCCAUCUCCUGGAUUUGAAGCAAAGACCGUUCUAACAGCUAUUGAAAACGAAAGGUGCAAUUCCAUGUAUGGUGUUCCAACCAUGUUUAUAGACAUUUUGAAUCAUCCAGACUUUCCAAAAUAUGAUCUGACAUCAUUAAGGACCGGAGUCAUGGCUGGCUCUGUCUGUCCCAUAUCCCUUAUGGAAAGAGUCAUGAGAGACAUGCAUAUGCCUCACAUUACAAUAUGUUAUGGAAGUACCGAAACGAGUCCAGUGACAUUUCAGAGUGAUUUUAAUGACACUGCAGAAAGGAAAUGUUCAACCGUGGGUCAGGUUUCAUCCCAUACAGAGGCAAAAAUCGUAAAUCUUGAUGGCAAAUUACUUCCUGUAAAUGAACCAGGUGAACUUUAUACUCGAGGUUACACAACAAUGUUAGGAUACUGGAAUGAAUCCCAGAAGACAUCAGAAGUCAUCAAAAGUGGGGGAUGGUAUGCAACAGGUGAUAUUGCCAUUUUGGAUGAGAAUGGCUACUGCAAAAUAACUGGCCGAAUCAAAGACAUGAUUAUUCGAGGAGGUGAAAAUAUUUAUCCCAGUGAAAUCGAAACCUUGCUCUACAAACAUCCUAAAGUGAAGGAAGUUCAGGUUGUUGGGAUACCAGAUCAACGAAUGGGAGAAGACGUGUGUGCAAGCAUUCAACUGAAGGAAGGCGUGGAAUGCAGUGAAGAUGAGAUUAAAGAUUAUUGUGUUGAACAUUUGGCUAAAUUCAAGAGACCUCGAUAUGUUGACUUUGUUGAUAGUCACCCAAUGACUGUAACUGGAAAAAUACAAAAAUUCAAAAUAAAAGAAAAUCUUAUAGCAAAGCUUAAUCUGAAAUAAGCGGUUGAGCAACGAUGAAUACUAAAUCAGUGUCUGGACUCUGAAUGCAUUUUACAAUUUACCAAUUUUAGGAUGUUGUCAUUUUUUUCAUCUCUUUGUCCAGACGUGGUGUAAACAGUCUCUUAUUAAUAAUUUGCUCAUCAUUUUUCAACGACAUCUUGCUUGAGAUUGUUCCCAAUCAAACAACUCGACAGUGACUAAUAAAUUACCUUCAUUUUGCAACACAUUCAAAUAAUGACUUUGGACAUCUCAGAACUUUAGCUUGCUCGCUUUUUUGUGUUUUUUAACCAUUACAGCAGAUCAUCGCUUGUUUAAAUUCAUUGAGAUUUGAAAAUAAGUAUUUUGAAGUAGAAUGGUAAGAAACAUAACAGACAAAUGUGAUAUGAAGAAAAUGAUUUAUGAAAUGGUUCGAUGAAACUGUUUAACCAAUGUUUAAUACAGUCUUUUUUUUAAAAAAGAUCCAUGAAAAAAUGUACAUUCUAAAAAUAAAUUCAGGGAAUUAGUUUAAAAACAAUUGAAAUGCAAAGAAAUAAUUCAAUUAGAUUUUGUAAGUCAUAAUUUUAUAAAAUUCUAACAUUCAAA